AUGGAGGGAGGAAUUAAGAAGGGGAGACUAAAAGAAGGAGGAAUUGAGAUGAGGGAGCAAUUUAUGUUCAGUCCCAACCAUAGUAAAUCAUGUGAUAGAUAUUUCGUCUUCACCUCGUGCCCUCGAAUGAAACACGAUCGGGUGAUGAGUGCGAGAGAAUGUAAUAGGCUUACCCCAUACCGUACAACAUUGCCAAGACUGCCCUCUUACGCUCCAGUCGAUCUACCCCCUCCACCAUCCCCAGACCAAGCCUAUGGGGGUAGGGACGACGCCCCUCUCCCUCCCCCUCCCCCGGAGCUGAUGGGAUCCAGCCCCCCGUCCAAGCCUUCUCCUACCAUGCAGACGUACAACGAGCCCCACCCAGCAGUCCAACCAGGAUACAGGCAACCAUCUUACAGGCAGCCAGCCGCUCCUACCCCUGGGCCUACCCCAGCAGCGAAGCCAUCCUACCAUGUUCCACAGCCUACCGACCAGCCUAUCAGCGCACCGGCCAAGUCCGGCGCUGAGGCGGAGAUCGAUGCCCUUACGAACCUCCUGGUGGCCAACAUGGGGACGUCUGUGGAACCUAAGGGAGAGUUCUUUGGUAUCUGUGCACGUUGCGGCACAAACGUCGAGGGCGAGAACAACGGUUGCACCGCCAUGGAACAGGUGUACCACGUCGACUGCUUCACGUGUGAGAACAACUGCGGUAUCAAGCUGCGCGGGCAACCCUUCUACGCCUUGGAAGGCAAGGCCUUCUGCGAGCACUGUUAUUUCAACACGCUGGAAAGAUGUUCAACCUGCUCAAAACACAUCACGGACAGAAUUUUGCGAGCCACCGGUAAGCCGUAUCACCCCGAUUGCUUUACGUGUGUUGUGUGUGGCAAGAGCUUGGAUGGGGUCCCUUUUACUGUUGAUGCUACCAACCAAAUUCACUGCAUAGAGGACUUUCACAGGAAAUUUGCUCCUCGUUGCUCGGUGUGCCUUAAUCCCAUCAUGCCUGAGGACGGGCAGGAGGAGACGGUUCGUAUCGUAGCCAUGGAUCGCAGCUUCCACGUCCACUGUUACAAGUGUGAGGAUUGUGGAGUGUUGCUUUCAUCUGAAGCCGAUGGAAGGGGCUGCUAUCCUUUAGAUGACCAUAUCCUCUGCAGAGAAUGCAAUGGGAAGCGUGUCCAAUCGCUCUAAGCAUCGUAACCAUCUUAAGGAGGCGUGUCCAAUCACUGUAAACAUACUAGCUGUCUGAAGGAGGCGUGUCCAAUUACUCUAAGCAUACUAGCCAUCUGAAGGAGGCGUGUCCAGUUACUCUAAGAAUAUUUACCAGUCCAAAGGAGGUGUUACUAAUCACUCAAGAAUAUUUAAUACAACAAAUGGAGCAGGUCCGGUCAAGCUAAGAAUAGCCACUGACCCAAAAGAUAUUUGUCUGGUCACUCUAAGCAUAGUAGCCAUCCUGGAGAGGCAUGUCCAAUUGCUCUUACCAACCCAACAAGGGGGUACAUGUAUGUAGUCGGUCUUAGGUAUUUGCUUGCCACGGACAUAACCCCUCCUGCGCCACAUUAACAUAAGGUUUCAUCCAUCAGAGGGGUUAAUUGCAUGGACUAUACUUGUUCAGUCGACCGAUAACCUUGGAACCAACCCACGUGAAAGUUCCCGUAAGUUUGACAAGUACAUGUACCUACUAUUCAGCGGGUAUUUUCUUAUGGGGAUAUCAUGCGUUGUUUGCUUUCAGUCUACCAAAAUUACCUAGUACUUUCUGAUCGGGGUAGGUAGGGCAAAUUUUCCGAUCAGAAAAUACCUUGAACUGACAAAUAUUGAGGCGGUCUGAAACCACCUUAAGAGCAGUAAUCGUCCAACCUUGGCCUGUCAAGACACCCAGCAUAAUUACUUAACAAUAGGAGACGUGCCCAGUCUCUUUGACAAGUACUCAUGAAAAAGAAUGCAUUUCAAGACACUGGGAGCAUAUGUACUCAUGAAGAGAGGCAUGUUAAUUCACGGUAAGCACAGUAAUUUUCCAAAAGCAGAAGCGCUCUAUAAAUUCUUAACUUACAUACCAAACUACAGGAGAUAUUAUGUCCAGUCCAUUUCUUCAAUGUUAUAACCCUUAGUUAAUGUGUUCAGUCAUUAUGUCCCUAGGUACAAACUUAGAAGAUACAAUGCUUGAACCAUUAAAAACUAGCUAAGUCAAAUACCCAAAGCAUUGCCAAUUUAAAGAAGUAAGUUACUGCCAAGAAGUUUUACCUCUACAAAUAUAAAUAAUAACAUACGAGUUGCUCAGAUAAGUCUCAAUUCUAUCUCAAUUGCACGGCACAUGGGAAACAUGAGCACCAUUUUUCAAAUGGUAGCGAUGGUGCCGUCAAUUAAAAUAUGUACUGCAGGUUAAGUUCAAAUGCCAUGAAACUUGUGCAUAAUGAUUAAAAUGUAUUUUCUAAAUGAUGUGAUACUAUUUCCACGUCACAAAAUCAAAAGCAUUAGUUUGUUGUCAAUCGUCAUAAUGCUGCCACACAAAGUUGCACAAUGCAGGCGACAUUGCCAGUGUGUGUUUAUUAACCUUGAUAUUUAUUGCUUUAUUGAUAGAUGCUCGAAAGUAAGCAAGUGUUAAUAUGUCAUUUGCCUCACAAAGGGAUUUAUUUGAAUCAUGAUAAUGAUAUUCCCUUUUUUAUGGCACUUAGUAAACAUUGAAAAACAUGUAAGAACAUCUUUAAUUUAGGCCACAAAGUUCUAGCAUAACCAAACGCCGUCAAAUAAUGGAAUCUAUUAUGGUAAAAUCGCUGACACAGAUAUGCGUAGGUGGGUAUAUGUGUUAUUAUUACUUAAAAAAAAAAAAGAUCUGCCUACUUUACAAACUACAGAUGUACCAGUCUUAUUUUGCUUUACUUCCUCAGCUGUUACUCAUUUUCUGCUUGAAAAAUGAUUUGGCACACAUUUUUUUUCCUGUUUAAGCAUACAUGUACAUGUACAAACACGUUUGUAUCUCACUGUACAAAUCUGUUGGAAUCUGUUUUGAUAUAUUUACCAUAAUUAAAAUACAUACAUGUAUGUUUGAAAGGUAUCUGAAUUUUGUUGACAGGCACCAGCAAUAAUUCAAAAGAUACAUAUUUUGACAAAUUUGCUCUCUCAUUGAGGAAAAUUUUAAGUAACUUUAUAAAGCAACAAAUAUAAUAGGGAUGUAUUGAAGAGUCAGGUAUAUUAAAGGAUCCUGGAAAAUGGUGGACAAAAUAAAUUGGACUUGCCCAUAGAUUGUUAUGUGAGAAAUUAAUAAUUAUUCCUUAUUUUUGAGGUGGUACUAGAUUUAAUGUGGAAGGAAUGGGUACUAAAUUAUGCAUUAUAGUACUGCAUUUAAAUCUAAAAUAAUUGUCUCUUAUAAUAUAUACAGGUUUAUUUAUUUCUUAUCUAAUUCAUAUUCAACAUUUGAAUUGAAUAAAUAAAGGGCUUCAUAAUAUAAAUUCUAGGUAGAGGAUAGCAUAUAUUGAUUAUAAUAAUUUAUUAAGUGAUAUGGCUGCCAUAUUUUUAUGCUUGUCGAUGUUUCUUGAGAUGAUAAGUUUGUGAAUUGGAGGAAUAAGAAAUAUAAGGUUCUUCAUACCAUAAACUAUAUCAUAUAUGAAAUCAACUCGAAAAAUAGAAUUUAUCCAAUUGUGUAAAUUGAUUCAAAGGUUACAGGUACUUUAUGAUUAUAUUUUGUUCUUAUUACCCCCUCCCCCAUUUUUUCUUAUUUUGAUUUUUUGGAUUGAAUUAUUUUUCAAAUCAGCAUGACUUUUCGUGGUAUUAGGAAUGAUAACUGUAUAUUUUCCCCUUAAUUCUAUAUUCUAUUAUGUGCUUCCAUGCCUCUGUGAAUACUGUAUAUUCUUCAGCUGAAUUUUCACUGAGGUUUUAUUUUUGCGAGUCGACCAUCGCAACAAUUUUGAAUUUUUAAAGCGAUUGAUUAAUCAAACCAUGAAUAAAGCUUAUUACAAACACUGAGGAUAUCAGGUCCCAGUCUUACAUAGAGUUACGAUUGAUUCAAUCAUCUCAAGUGGAAAGUGGAAAUCCAUCAAUAUCAUAAUUUUUUUCUCUCGGAAAUUUGCUCAUUGUCCUUUGAAAACAUACAGAAGCAUACAGAACUGUCAAGAAAACAGUGAAUAUAUGAAUUAUGGUCAUUCAUAAAAAAAUAUUUUGAACAAACAUGUUUUUAAGAUGUUGACGUGGCUGGCUUUCCAUAGUUGCGAUUGAUCAGAUCAAUCACAACUCUCUGUAAGAUGGGUUCCUGAUUGGUAAUAUAAUCGUGAUAUUAGCUGUAUGUAUACAUGUAAGUAUUUGGUUGUAUACAUAUAUUCUAAAAGUUAUGUAUUUGACAAUGCAAUUGUAUAUUAGUAUUUAUUUAGUCCAGGGGUCCUGAAGCACAGAGCUUAGCAAUGAUCGUAGCACACAUUUUUGCUAUUGAUUGCAUUGACCACAAUUUACAAUUGAUGAUAAGAAUCUGUUUUAUGAUCAAUCACAACGUUUUGUGCUACAGGAUCCUGUUGUUGCAUUGACUAUUAUUUAACCCAUUGAAUACAUGUAUGAUGAGAGGGUCUGUGGGUCAACUGGUUCCCCAACUUUCUCGAUCUGUUGGUUUCUUUGAACAGAAUCUGUCAAAAGGCCUUGAAAUUCAUGAUUUUAAUGUUAGAUGAUAAUAAUAAUCCGCUUUUAUACAGUGCUUAAUACAUCAAAACGACGUGUCUAAGCGCUUACAGAUAUAUUAUUACCCCGGUCAUCGGAUUCAAUCAGUCAUUCCCGCACAUAAUGUGUGCACAUCUUCCACUCUCUGGAGAGUAUUCCAGUCAGUCGCCGGUGAGGCGCACACAUACUGGACAAGCGCUACAAUGACUCUCACAUCCUACCGGGUACCCAUUUAGCACCUGGGUCGAGAGUGGCAAACUGUGGAUUAACGCCUUGCCAAAGGACGCCAGAUGGUGGUGGGAUUCGAACACACGACCCUCUGUUUACAAGGCGAGAGUCAGAACCACUACCCCACGGCUCCUCCACACUAUGAUUCCCAUUACUUGUAAAGCAUCUUUUUCUUUUGGCUGAUAAAGUAGGUUAUCAUAUUAACAGGAUUACAAUAACUAACAAACUUUUAGAAUAACAAUAUUUAUCAAUUUUCAUACUCAAUUUGCCAUAUUGGACGUGGAGAAUUUAAUGCCAUCUCCUAAUUUUCUCCCUCGUACAGUUAACCAUUAAUUGAAAAAAAAAUGACAAAACAAAUCAUUAUGCUUCAUCUACAUUGGCAUUUUGAUGUUCUUUUUUCAAUUCUACACGUAUCAUGUCUUCUCUAAGAUGUAGUUAUUAUUUUUUCUUCAAAUGAUGUACCAAUGUAAUGUAUAUUUCAGAGAUAUUUUUAUUUCUAUGAUCAUCCAUAAUUUCUUAUUUAGUGUAUACUCUUUGUCAUGUGCAUCAUACAUGGGUAAAGUAAUACUGUAUUCUUAAGGCCACCGCACACCUUACGACUGUUCGCGAUCCGAUUUUGGAACAUAUCGCAUUUUGCUUAUUUUCUGAAAAUGUGAAUGGGACAUAUCAUUUUAUUUGAGGUUGAAAUCAAUUGAAAGAAUACUAAUAUAACCAUUUUGAAAGAUUGCAAGCUUUUAUUUUUGAGUAAAGGCCAAAUUAGUUUCAAAUCGUAUUCAAUCGUACGACUGCUAUCACGUCAUUACGACUAGAUAUUGAAUUCGCUUUUAUUCUAAGGAGGAUAAUAGCAUAGUCACAGAUUUGAACAUAGGUAUUCGUACGAUGAUUUAGAACAUUACACAGUAAGAUAUUCCAAGUCUCAAUAUUAGCAUCAAAUUCUACUACAUUUCAUUCUGAAAUCGAGUCGCCGACCAGUCGUAAAGUGUGCGGUCGCCUUAAUACGAUACUUUUCAAAACAUCACACACAUCUGCCAUUAAGUGUAAAAAUAAACAUAACUCAUUUCAGAAGUUAUACAGAGUGAACUGAAGAAAAAAAAAGUAGAUCCAAUUUUCAAACCUUUAUACAAGAAAGCAUUAAAUCAGUUAACAAAAAAAGUAUUACUUGAAAGUAUGAAAUAUCAUUUGAAUAAUACAUUGAUGAUGUACCUUAGGCCAUGGAUCACUUUAAUAACACCUAUUCAAAAUCGGGGGUGGUUUUCUUCGAGUGAUAUGAUCUCUAUUGUCUCUGAUUUAAUAUUGUCAUAGAAAAUAUGAAAGUCGAGUUUCCUUUUUUUUGUACAGUAUACAGCCAGUAUUUGUUUGUUCUUUAAUCAUAAGCAAGCAAUUACAUUAUAUUUUACCUUACCUGUAAACGUACUUGUCGGACCACUGCUAUACUUGCAGAAAUGGUCACGAUGUAUUAUACUACGAGACAGCAAUACAAAAUAUCUACAUGUUGAUUUGUUUUUCUCUUCUAAAUGUACAUGCACAUGUAUCACUCAAUAACAAUAAAGUAGCCUUUUAUGACAAUAUAGUCUAAUGUUACAUUAGAGUGUAGAGUGCGAAGUUGUUUUUGAUAUUAUAGUGAGCGUUUUGUUUCUAUUCAUUUCAUUUUUUGUUCAAUAUCUUGUUUAUGACUAAAAUGAAUUGCUCGACUUGUAUCGCCGUUUCUUUAUGCUUGGAUGUAUCUCACAUUAAAGAUGAUUUUAUAUUUAAGAUA